GGACAGAGGGCGGGCAAGAUGGCGGCGCCCAUGGAGCUGUUCUGCUGGUCUGGGGGCUGGGGUUUGCCGUCAGUGGACCUGGACAGCCUGGCGGUACUGACCUAUGCCAGGUUUACUGGCGCCCCACUCAAAGUGCACAAGAUCACCAACCCCUGGCGGAGCCCUUCAGGAACUUUGCCUGCCCUUCGGACCAGUCAUGGAGAGGUCAUAUCGGUAUCACACAAGAUCAUCACCCACCUUCGAAAAGAGAAGUACAAUGCUGAUUAUGAUCUGUCUGCCCGACAAGGGGCAGACACUUUGGCCUUCAUGUCUCUGCUGGAGGAGAAGCUGCUCCCAGUGCUGGUACACACUUUUUGGAUAGAUGCCAAGAACUAUGUGGAAGUGACCCGGAAGUGGUAUGCAGAGGCUAUGCCCUUUCCCCUCAACUUCUUCCUGCCUGGCCGCAUGCAGCGGCAGCACAUGGAGCGGCUGCAGCUGCUGUGUGGGGAGCACAGGCCAGAGAAUGAGGAAGAGCUGGAGAAGGAGCUGUAUCAAGAGGCUCGGGAAUGCCUGACCCUCCUCUCUCAGCGCUUGGGCUCUCAGAAAUUCUUCUUUGGGGACGCCCCCGCCUCCCUGGAUGCCUUCGUCUUUAGCUACCUGGCCCUGCUGCUGCAGAUAAAGCUGCCCAGUGGGAAGCUCCAGGCCCACCUGCGGGGGCUGCACAACCUCUGUGCCUACUGCACGCACAUCCUCAGCCUCUAUUUCCCCUGGGAUGGAGCGGAGAUGCCACCUCCACGCCAGACACCAGUAGGACCAGAGACUGAGGAGGAGCCAUACCGGCGCCGGAACCAGAUCCUAUCCGUGUUGGCAGGGCUGGCAGCCAUGGUGGGCUAUGCCUUGCUCAGUGGCAUUGUCUCCAUCCAGCGGGCAACGCCUGCCCGGACCCCAGGCACGCGGGCCCUGGGCAUGGCUGAGGAAGAUGAAGAGGAAUGAUUUGUCCUCAUGCUCCCAUGACUGAUUUUUCUACUCUCAUGCAUUCCAGAGGUCCCUGUGUCUCUCCACUGUUGGUACAGCCAGAAAUGGGUGACACCCCCCUGCCCCCCAGAAUAAACCUGCUCACAUUGACUG